UGAACAACUAUGAGUGCUAAGUCAUAAAAAAUAACAAACACUGCGCUAAGUUGUUGAAAGAAAUAUAAACAAAACUAUAAAUCUCCUACCCAGAGAAAUCAGCGUAGCAUGCAGAUGGGGUCGUGGAGGAAAUACAUAAUAGAGGUGGAGGCAGCCAAAGCAGCGGAGGAUGGAAAGCCAUCCAUGGGACCCGCUUAUCGAAGUGUUUUCGCCAAGGAUGGCUUUCCGCCUCCUAUUCCAGGUUUAGAAAGCUGUUGGGACAUUUUCCGUAUGUCCGUAGAAAAGAAUCCUAAUAAUCGAAUGCUUGGUCACCGUGAGUUCAUUAAUGGGAAGCCUGGAAAGUAUGUGUGGACGACAUACAAACAAGUAUAUGACAUAGUGAUUAAAGUUGGUAAUGCUAUUCGCAGUUGUGGAGUUCAGGAACGAGGAAAAUGUGGUAUUUAUGGUGCCAAUUGCGAAGAGUGGAUAAUAAGCAUGGAGGCAUGCAAUGCUCAUGGGCUCUAUUGUGUACCUUUGUAUGACACCUUAGGUGCCAAUGCCGUUGAAUUUGUGAUGUGCCAUGCUGAGGUUAUAAUUGUGUUUGUAGAGGAGAAGAAGAUUCCUGAGGUGUUCAAAACAUUGCCCAAGACAAAAGAGUACCUUAAAACAAUUGUUAGCUUCGGAAAAGUUACUACUGAGCAAAAGGAAGAAGUUCAAAAGUUAGGCCUGGCAAUAUAUUCUUGGGAUGAAUUUGUGUCGCUGGGAGAAAAUAAGAACUUUGAGCUUCCGGUUAAUAAGAAAACUGAUGUUUGUACAAUAAUGUACACAAGUGGAACUACUGGUGAACCAAAAGGUGUAAUGAUUUCGAACAAUAGCAUUGUUACUUUAAUAGCUGGGGUGAGACGAUUUCUGGAAAGCUUUAACGAAACGCUAAAUGAGAAGGAUGUAUACAUUUCAUAUCUCCCUUUGGCACAUAUCUUUGAUCGUGCAAUUGAAGAAUGCAUGAUCAUGCACGGGGCCUCCAUUGGAUUUUGGCGUGGGGAUGUCAAAUUGUUACUCGAAGACAUUGGAGUCUUAAAGCCGACUAUAUUCUGUGCUGUUCCCCGAGUACUGGACAGGAUUUAUUCAGGUUUGACGGAGAAGAUUUCUACUGGUGGUCUCUUGAGGCAUACACUGUUUAAGGUUGCAUAUUCAUACAAAUUACGUGGUAUGAAUGGUGGGAAUAAACACGAUGAGGCUGCUCCCCUUUGUGACAAAGUUGUAUUUAAUAAGGUUAAGCAAGGCUUGGGAGGAAGAGUGCGCCUCAUUCUCUCAGGAGCAGCACCUCUUGCAACUCACGUUGAAGCUUAUCUGAGAGUGGUGGCAUGUUGUUAUGUUCUUCAAGGAUACGGGCUAACUGAAACCUGUGCGGGAACAUUUGUCUCUUUGCCAAAUGAGCAAGAUAUGGUGGGUACUGUCGGGCCUCCACUACCUAAUGUUGAUGCACGCCUGGAAUCUGUUCCUGAAAUGGGGUACGAUGCCCUCUCAAGCACUCCACGCGGAGAAAUAUGUGUACGGGGUGCCACCGUGUUUUCAGGAUACUAUAAACGUGAAGAUCUCACAAAGGAGGUUCUGGUAGAUGAAUGGUUCCACACAGGGGAUAUCGGUGAGUGGCAACCUAAUGGAGCUAUGAAGGUGAUUGACCGUAAGAAGAACAUAUUCAAGCUUGCACAAGGAGAAUAUGUUGCAGUAGAAAAUUUGGAGAACAUUUAUGGACUUGUUACUGAAAUUGAAUCGAUAUGGAUAUAUGGUAAUAGCUUCGAGUCGUUUCUUGUUGCUGUCGUGAACCCUAAGACCCAAGCAAUCGAGCGUUGGGCUAAAGACACUGGUUUGUCUGGGGAUAUUAAUUCCCUAUGUGAAAAUCCCAAGGUGAAAGACUACAUACUUGAACAGCUUACCAAGCUUGGAAAAGAGAAAAAGUUGAAAGGCUUUGAAAUUAUCAAGAAUAUUCACCUUGACCCUGUUCCAUUUGACAUAAACCGCGACCUUAUCACUCCAACAUAUAAGAAGAAAAGGCCACAGAUGCUUAAGUAUUAUCAGGAUAAAAUUGACAAAAUGUACAAAAAAUGAGGAUCUGAUUUCUGCAGGAGCAUCUCAUGAAAGUUCCGCGACAAAUUUUCUUUAAUGACACUAGUAUUCUCAAUACUCUUGAACUCCCUCUUCUUUUAUUGAGCGGUAUUGUACAUAUCUUGCCACACCUUAUACAUUUGAUCAUCGGGUUCUGCAGAUAUUGAUUAUUUAUAUUCAUUGAUAAUAUUGGAUAAA